CCCCACUUCCCCGUCCCUCCUCCCUCGCUCACGCGCGGCAUCACGCCGGCUGGCUGGGCGGCGACUCCUCCCGUUCGCACCUCCUUUCCUUCCACGGCGAGAGCCAAAACUGGCAACGGCAUUCCGCGUUCCUAUAAUAAUGCGCCCCUGCUCCGGCCGGCGCCCCCUCCCCCCGAUUCCCCGCUCCGCCAUACCCUAGCCGUCCCCGACUCCGGUGCGUAGAUCCAUCGGACACGGCGCUCGCCGGCCCCGAGGGGAGAUGGCCUCCUCCCUGAACUCCAACGCAGCGCAGCAGCAGGCCCCCGGGUUCGCCGCGGCGGCGGAGAAGCAGGGCGCCGCAAUGGCGGCGCCGCCGUCCCCGCGAGGCGCUCCCGGGUUCGCGGUGGUGCCUCAGGGGGGCGCGCCCGCGUCCCCGCAGGGCCCUCCAGGGUUUUGGGUGGCGCCUCAGCAGAGCGCGCCGGCGCCAUCGCAAGUUGCUCACGUGGUGGCGCCGCCGCAGGGCGCGACCGUGAUGGCUUCGCAGCAGCAGCAUUUCGCCCAUGUGAUGGUGCCCGGCUCCCAGCAAUGUAUGCAGAUGGCCGUUCAGCCGGCGUCCAUGGCCAUGAUGAUGGCCUCGAUGUCCCAGCAAGCCCAAGCACAGGCCAUGGCUGCACACCAGCCAGCGCAAGGCAUGGCGCCAUCACAGUCUCUGCCCACGUACCUUCUGUCCAUGAUGCAGAUGCAGCAAGCUCAAGCAGGGCACAUGAUGGAAACUCCACCUCUGCCGCUUGGCCCUCCGCCAUUGGUGCAGCAGCAGCAGCAGCAGCCGCCGCCGCCGCCGCCUUCUUCACAUGCCGAUCCAACGAUGACGGCUCAACCCCCUCUGCCGCUCGGACCCCCACCCGUGAUGCUGCAACAACAGCCUGCACAAGGGGCCCCGGUGAUGAUGGCACAACCGCCUUUGCCAUUCAGCUCUCCAUCAGUGAUGCUGCAGCAAAAUCCGCAGGUCAAUCAGAUGAUGAUGGGACAGGCACAAUUGUCUUCUCUACCAUGCAAGCGCCAACGUGUUGACCAAUAUGGCAACCCUUAUGGACAGCAUAUGACGGGCCAUCAGCAGGAAACAAUAUUCAAUGCAGCAAUGGGACAAUCUUUUGGGCCUAACUUACAACAUGAGUUUCCUUCUUUUGGUGCAUCUAUGCCCUCCUCUCUUCCUAAAGAUGCAACAAGCACCGUUUAUGUUGACGGUCUCCCUACCAACUGUACUAGACGGGAAGUUGCACAUAUCUUUCGCCAAUAUAUGGGGUUCCGCGAAGUUCGACUGGUCAACAAAGGGUCUAAUAGGCAUGCAAUAUGCUUUGUUGAUUUUGCCACUCCUACGCAUGCUUUUCUUGCUAUGAGAACUCUUCAAGGUUAUAAGUUCGACGAACAGGAUCCUAAUUCACGCAUUUUGAACCUGCAGUUCUCUCACUCUCCUCGCAUGAACUCACAUGGUGGGUGCUAGUCACUAAAUUGUUCUACACCAUCCUGUUAUUUUGACCUGGCAAGCAGCAGCCGAUCUUGCUUCUGUGAGUCAUUAGCAUGAAAGAACAACUCGGCUGUGAUUCAGGCUUUGCCUUAUAACACUCUGACGAGCCUACCUAUGUUACAACUGACACCAGUACUUAACUGCUGAAGGUUGUUACUAUAUGAUAUACUAUAGUUGUGGCGCAUUGUAACAGCAAGUAUGUUCCAGUGAAUUUCAAACUCUCUGAGCACCUGCUAGUAUUGAUGCUUUGUUUUUCUGAUGUUCUUCAGUUGUCCACUGUUUACUUGGUUUCGCCAAGCUAGUAGAUUGAGGUUUCCCCAUUUUUUGUCAGGAAAAUGUGACUAAAUUGAAUUAUCUGGCAGGAUGCUAGAUGUAUUUUGCAUGGCUUGGUGGUUCCCGCCAGUUUCCCUAACACACUACAGUAAUUAGGGUGAUUGCCAGGCUCAUUUAGUUGUAAAUGAAUUCCUGAUAGUUGGAUGCAGGCGACCCUUUUUUACAUAGCCUGCACCUUGUCAGCUUUGUACUUCAGAACAUUUUAAUCCAACUAGUGCUGAAUUGGAUGGUGGCAGAUGGCACCACUCUUUUA